AUGCUGUCGAAUGGAGGCUUCUAUUUGGGCAAAUUGCUGGCUAAAGAGGAGCGAAGAGAUGAGGUUGUGAAGAUUUUGAAAGUGCUCCUCAAACGGCAUCGAAAUGAUUUGGAUAGACAGUUGGCGAGAAGUGAAUGCAGCGAACACGUGAUUGGAAUGUUCUUUGAAAGGAACAACAACAAGCAUCGACGGCAAUUUGUGAUUGAUUUGUUCUCGAAUUCGAUUUGUAUUAGAGAACAAAUGGAGACCGAAAAGUUCAUCGAACAACUCCUCGCUUGCUGGCUUCCCGAAAAACAUCGAAUGCUCGCCGCGUUCUCCCAAACAGCGUGGGGUCGUGCGAAACUUCGAACUUCUGGAGCACUCGACGUCGUCGUUGACGUCUUCUCAACUUCAGAUUCUAUUGAGGAGAAGCUCGCCUCCGUUGCAGCAUUCCGACAUUUCGUGCACGAUAACGCCGGAAUGCGUCAUUUGAGUGAAAACUUGAUUUUUGUGAAUACCGUAGUCCGAGAUGUGAACGCCUACGUGGAAAAGAAUCGUGCCGAGUGUGAGCCUACGGUAGACCUGGAGUUUGUGCAGAAUUUGAGAGCAAGGGGCGAGGGGGCGGAGCCAGGAGGGGAGAGACAGGAUGUGGAAGAGCCGGCGGAGAAUAGGUUGCAUAAGGAUUUCUAUUCCAUGUGGAGCUACGAUACACCGCAGACGUCACCGAAGACGUCGCCAAGGAGAGCUUCAAUGUCGCCACAGUACAAUGCACCGUCGCCCAGCUAUAGUUUCCCAUCGUCGGUGGCGUCGAGUGCACCGUCUUCGCCGGAACCCAGGAGACCCAGUGAAGGAAUUCUAGACGAUUUGAGUGAUGUCGAAUCGGAUAAUGGAGAGGAGAAGGUGGAGAAGGAGAACGAAGACGAGAAGAAGAGACGGCAGGAGAAGAGUAUAAUCGAAGGAGAGCUCUGGCUGCUGACAUGGCUCUCCCAAGACGAUCACAACCUGCAGUUCCUAAUCCGGGCCGACGUGGUCGAUGCCGUCGUCGCCUACCUCCGAUCCACUGCCGACCCGGACUUCCGAACGUAUCGAGUGCUCCGUCGAAUGGCCACCCAUCGAACCUACGUCUAUCGUCUUCUGGACCUUCAAUUUCACGUGCGCAUACUCACUGGUCUAUGCGCCUCGCCGUGUCGAAUGCUGAAAUACGCGAAGACAUGCAAACACUGUGAUAAGUGUUCAGAGCAUGGACGGGAGAUUCUGAGAGAGUUCGCGAGCCACGUGGAUAACAGCUAUGGAGACGCCCACAUCAAUUCGCAGUUCACAAAAGAAGACUUUGUGCAUCGGACGAAGGCGGCGAUUGCGAAAAUCGUGUUGGUCAAGGAGAGGAUUCGUCUGGCGAAGGUGCCGGCGCUCACCGAGUUGUUCACCGCGUUGGCACAUGUGAUGAGCUCGGUGGAGAACUUCGAAGAGUUGGGAAAGAUGACGACGUAUGAGAAUGGACCAUCGUUUGUGUCGCAGAUCAUUGGAGCGCUGUCGAUUUUGAUUAGUGGACAGAAGAUCAAAGAACUCUGCGAAAACGACAUGUGGUAUUUUCCGGUGAUCGACGGCGGUGAAUGUGUACUUCAGAAGACGUCUUCAGUUGAAGAACUUUUACACUUUACGGAUGAGAAAAACGAGGAAAUCGCGGCGGCACCAAUGCGAGCCAUUUGUGAGAACAGUCACUAUUUCGAAGGAAUGUUCUCGUCGAAUUUCGUCGAAAAAACCGAGGCGAUUCGAAAAUUCCAGUUGCAAUCCGAGUCGUGUCCGCCUGGGGAUUUCCGACUGUUCAUCCAUCUCCUUGCCACGUGUACCGGGCCAUGUACGGUAGUCGCGUCGGCCGAGCAAUGUGCGAAUCUGUUGGCGCUCUCGGAUCAAUUCCUCUGUCCUACGAUAUCCAAACAGCUGUGCGCGGAUGAUGGACCACUACGAACGUUGCUAAAUGGGCGGAGCUUGCACACAUUGCUACCAGUGGCUCUAGCAACGAAUGCACAUCCAACCCUUCUCGACACCGUGUACCUGACUCUGGUCCGCUUCUCAUCAUCAGAAGACGUGACGAAGGCGCUAGAAGCGAUUUGUCAGAAUUCUACAGUAGUCAACACGUUUGUCACAAGUUUAAGAACGUUUUUGACCACUAAAUGUUGA